AGGGAAGAUGUCACUUAAUUGACAGUACUCUCCAUAGUAUGUUGGCUGUUCCCAGUAGGGCGAUCUCCUGGACUGUGUAGAUAUUGAUGUUAACUGGCAUAUGCUGCACUAGAGAGAAAAGAAUAAAAAUGCUAAUAAUUUCCAAAACACCAGGAUCCACAGAGUUGUUCUCAACUCUUGUUUCCAUAGCAUUAAAGAGAUGAGAAAUAACCCCAUUUGGAUUGGAUGCUGGCCUAUUGCAGAUAGAUUUUUACCUUGAACUCAAGACUUCCUGGGUUUCUUACCAGUCUGGCUGUGAUUUCUUCUCCUGCAAAGAUGGCUGGCCAACUGAAAUUAAACAAACUCAUCUAUGAUGCCGUCAUAAAGCUGUGCUGUGAGCAGUUAGAUUCGGAGCAUAGUAGCCGCCUUGAAAUUGAUGGUAUCAUCUGUAUUGCUACUGAGGAACCCGACAAUCAGAUUGUUGUAAAGAUCCACGAGAAACUUAGAAACGUCAGCAUUAGUAGCACAUCAAAGAACAAUUGUCCAAAGUCAUCAGUCCACUCUGUAAGACAUGAUGACCACUUCAAUCACUGCCAGGCUCAGUCUAGCCAGGAGAAUGGGCAUGAUCCAAGCUAUGCAAUGAGCAAUGGCAUUGAUGGAUCUGUUUCCUCAAAUGCCAACCAACGUGAACUUUCCUAUGGAAAUGAAUCUGCUCAAGAAAUCUCUUCCGUCCUUGACAUCCCUGGGGUUAAGGAUGAAAGCUGCCGCAUUGUUGCAGAGAACAACUUACAUUUGCAGAAUUCUUAUGGAGCAACUGCUUUCCCUGACACCAUCGAGUCUGAAAGCAGAAUGCGACUCCAAAGUGAGACAUCAAUGAGACUUCAAAGUAGCAGCUCUCAGUUUUCAUCAGGAUCUGCAAUAAUGCCCAGCUUUCAUUCAGCUCAUGCUGCCUCAGCAGCAUCCGCAUCGGGUCAGGGUUCAAUCUUGGGAAAGUUACUAACUAGUUCAAAACGGAACAAAAUCCGUUCCUCCGUUUUGCAGUCGCAGAGAGGACGAUUUACAAAAUGCAUGAUGUGUAGUGCUAUGUUCCGGAGCCAUAGCCACCUACGCAAUCACUUACGUUCAGGAUUUUGUGGGAAACAGCAGAUCCAAAGUGAAGCUAGUCGGGUUAUGAAUGUUUUUGCAAGUCAUCAUGAAACCACAGAGAAUAUGCAGAUGAAAAACUCCACGCAGAAUGAAACUGCUUUGUCCUCCGUCUCAGAGACUUCACUAAGAGCAGAUGGUUCUGCUGCCUCAAAUGACAUGUCCUCUGAACAACAAAGCCCAGAUUUUGAAGUUGUUGUGAAGCCAGAGCCACCAGAUAAUGGCUAUGAAAAUAACCAAAACAUGAACGGUCAAUCCGACAUGAAUUUAGAAGGUGUUGAUUUAAGUCAGCAUGCUGAUAGUUUGCCAAAUAGCUCACCUAUUCAGCAAAGCCAGUCUUCUUCUGUCCUUACUUUCCCCCCAUUAGACUCAACCUCUCCAAAUUUCCAAGUACAGUCCAGUGGUACUGUAAAGUCAACAUACGAGGUAACCCUUCAGCGAGCUGCUUCUAAGUUUUCUAUGUCAUCACAGCUGUUUGGCUCUGCAUUGUCUCGGAAAGUCCGAGCAUCAGCCAGUCAGCAUAAUCGCAACCAAAUUAGCCAAAAACCAAAUUUCAACGAAAGAGGGCACUUUCAGUGCAGUUUCUGUGCAUUCGAAGUUCAGAACUGGGGCAUCUUCGAAGCUCAUAGCCAGCGUGAGCAUAACCGGUCAUUGUGUAAAGUGUGUGGUGCAGCAUUUACAUUUCGAACAAAUAAAAAUCGGCACGAAAAGACUUGUGCAGGCCUUGUUCUAUUUACGUGUGAAAUCUGUGGCAAGAACUGCAAGCGAUCAGAUGCACUUCGAUUGCACAAAAUUAAGGCCCACCCUUGGCGAUUUGAGUUCACCACAUAAGGUGUGGUUGUUUUAUUUGGUUGCUGUUGGAAUGCUACUGCUAUCAGUGAUUCUUGAAGAAUACUGUUGACCAGAAUAGUUGUCCACUUCAUGCUCCAGCCAAUCCUAGUGAUUUCAGAUGAUAAAUUCAGAUUAUAAGUAGAAUUUCAGAUAGAAGCUAAUGAAUACUUAACUUUCUGUUCUUUGUUUUUAUCUAUUUAUUUUACAAGAAAAGAGAUAAAAGCUUAUAUGUUCUCUGAAAUUAACUCUCCUUCUCCCUCUAAUUUUGAAUCUCUUUUCUCCUCUCUGUUUUUCUUUCUUUCUCUCUCUCUCUCAUUAGCAUGAUGUCACCUAGGAAAUUUAUUCUGUAUAGUUUUUGUACUUUGCCCGUAAAAUAAGAGGAGCCAAGUCAUCCUUAACUAAAAAGAGAUUUACAUUGUUUUUCUUAUUUUAAACAGGAAGAAAAAACACCCCUCUCUCCCACUAAAAAUGAUUCCCAAAGUUUUGUUUAGUGUCUAUAAAAGUCAAAAGCUUGUGAAUAUAUGCUAACUUAUCUGAUAAAUCUCUUUCAAUCUUUUUGCUAGUUGGCACAUGAAUACGGAAAAAUCAAAUUUUUUGUGUAACUUUUAACUUUGGUAUACUUUUUCAGCUUUCAGAAAUUAUUUUUUUCUUUUUUCCCCCCACUCAAAAUUUGAGAUUUUUUUAUUUAUUUAUUUAUUUUUUUUUAUAAGGUUCAGAAUAUAUAUUAAAAAGAGAAAAAAAAUUCUAUAAUUUUUACAGAAGUAUACAGUUUACUUACCCGAGGAUAAUUCUUGUUGAAUUUAUAUCUCCUACAUCCAUUACACAACUUUUUAUUCUGGAAAGAGAAGCCACCAUUUUGAAGAUAACUUGUGUAAAUCUUGAUACAUUCAGUCUUUCUUGCUUUCUUUCUAUUUCCCAUUUGUUUUUAAUACUGUUCUGUUAGAUUUUUCUGCUUGAAAUCUACACAAUUAUAUAAAAGAAAUAUAAUUGUCUGCUGCUACAAGGCAAUUAUACGUCUUCAUCUGCUGGUUCCGUUACCAGUGUAUUUUACAGUCUGUGAUCUGGAAGUGUCUGGUUCAGGUGUCCAACUGCCAUUUCAAAACAAGUCCAUAAAAAAAAAAAAACCCUUAUCCCAUAUGUUUAAGGCCGUCCUUAGAUUUUUAUUUCCCCCUCUACAGUAUGC